AUGUUGGGCCUUCGGUAUGCUCUGGGCCUCGGUAGGGCGUUCGAUCUGCAAGAUAACAAACGCUCGGUAAGACCUAGGGCACUGGUGUGGUACCGGCCGAAGGCUCUCCGAUGCUUAAGUAAGUACGGAUUUAGUAAGAUUGAAUUACAGAUCAAUAGGCAGUAUGCCAAUUUCGAUGUGGAACUGUGGACUCCAAUUGUGGGACUGCCACGUGUCCCUAGGGGUGAAGUUGCCCUAAUCGUGCGAUCGGUAGGGACGGUACCGAAGCUAGGUGCCGAAGGCUUCUAUAGCUCCAGUUUGGUCCACGUGUCCGAUGCUUAUUGGCUGUUCAUUUUGGAAAUGUUGUCUUACCGUUCGGUAAUCCAGCUCGUGGAGGGGCUCAACUUUGGCCCUUCCAUUCAUGUUCAUUUAGAGGCUGACGUCGGGGAAGUCAGAAGGUCGCGUCGAGUUGACGUGUGA